AUGGAAGAUGCUUUUCUUGUCGCCUGUUAUGCUUUCCUGAAGUUGGGAUGGCCUCCUACUGAGUCACGCUGGAGCUUUUCUCUUAAAAUGAGCUUUCAUCCCAGACUGCUCAAUAAAAAUAAAAAAUUUAAGCAAGGCCAAUUUUGGGGUACAUUUUCUUUUGCUAUGAGGCACAAUCUUAGUGUUGGAGCAACAAGUCAAUCAAUGGGAGGUGGAGAAAGCUUAGACCAACUCUAUCACCAUUCUAGAUCAUCAUUGCAAAUAAUUGGUCAGAAACAGACAGGAGAGCUAGUGGUUGUGGUCAUUCAUGGAGGUGUCAUAAGAGCACUUUAUAGGCAGGCUUGCUCAAACAGGUUUAGGGGGAGUAUAAUCAAUACCUCUGUAAACAUAUUUCACUUAUCUGGUGCUGAUGUUUGGACCAUUAAAGCCUGGGGAGAUAUCAGUAAUCUCCACCAAACAUGA